UGCCUCAUUAGUAACCAUCGAUGUUAGGUCUACAAUUGAGUUGGAUCUUAAAAACUUAACGUUGAUGGUCGAAAUUACAUUUGUUCCGGAGGGAAAUGAAUGGAAACAAGCCAAUUUGGUGUUUUGUUGACGGAAAAGUACCAAUAUUCAUCGAUAAAUCCGAAGAUGCGAAAUUCCCAAUUUUAACGAACGGCCGGAGGUACAAAAAAGAUUCAAGAGAAUGGCUGCAUAAGACAAGUAAUAAUCGGGGAAAGAACAGGAAGCGAACUGGUGACAGCAAGUCAGAAACCAUGGCCGAGUCGGAUACAACAGUGGGACAGGGGCUACAAGCUGGUGUAGAAAAUCUGUCGGAUACUAUGGAUACAGGUCUAGAUUCCGGGGGGUCUCCAUCACCAUUUAAUUUCUUAGGAACCACCUUAGACAAAAUAGAAAAUAAAAACGGGCAUGAUAUACGUCUUUCGCCAUUUCAAUUCUUCGGGAAAGGUGAAGAUAGCGAAGUGGCCCUAAACCAGACCGGCGUGCGCAGUUGCAUGACCAGAACCGAAUCAGCAAGGCGUCUUCGCAAGAGAAGAUUGACAUGGUUAAGAACAGAGAAAAAUGAUAAUUGUUGCAUAGAAAUCGCCGAGGAAACCAGCCAACAUAGUAUCCAUUCGGAUCAUCCCCGUUUCCGGCCGAUAGCUGAGGAUGUGGAACUGGAAGAGGCGAGUCAGCUGCUGGAUCCGAUGGCGGGAAGGUCACAUGGGGAUGUUAAUAUCAGUCACUCUCUAGAAAUAUCCGCGAGCUUUUGGUUUGAUACGGAUGAUAGCAAUGAUGGUACGUGGUGGCGCGAGGCGAAACACUCGUCGUCCGAAUCUUCUCUCGAGGACUUCAUCCCUGACCUCCAUGAGGGCGAUCGUCCGAUCGACCCGACCCUCAUCAGAUCUCCUGUCCCAAAGAAAAGAGAGAAAUUGUCCCGAUCGCCGGCAGAAUAUGACCAAGAACAUCCGGGAAUGACGGGCAAAUCAGGAGAAUUUUUCUUCCAAAGAAUACCAAGUAGCCCUCGCAGUCCUCCCCCAGAUGAAGCAGAUUCAGGGCAGGAACAGAGUUAAAUUUUCAACAUUUAUGAAUCAUAUACAUGUAGGUUGAAUGAUACCGAAUAUCUUUAAAGAAUUACUAAGUAUACGCCGCUUUUUCCAUAUAUUGAUCAAUUAAAAUAAUUUGAUUCUAUUGUUUUCU